CCCUUUUCCCUUGCUCUCUCAUCUUUACCUUCAACGUCUCUCUCUCUCUCUCUCUUCUCGCAUAUAUUGUCUUUCAAAAGGGUCAUUGUAAAUUUGACAUUAAAAAUCCAGCUGGGUCUCUUCCCACACCCAAACCCCAUUGAUAAAAUGGCCGAAGGAGCUACCAAGCAUCUCUUCUUGUGCCUCCUGUUUGUUCUCAGUAUCUGCACUUCAGGGGCCUCCCCACUGAAAGGGUUUCAGAAGAAAAGGCUUGAAAGAGAAGAGCAGGAGUUUCAUUCUUCCAACAGAGAACUUCUUGACAAUUUCCAGUCUAAGGCUACUCAACAUGACACAACAUACCCAUCAACAACAACAAUUGUCACGGUUCCCUCAACCAAUCCCGUCACCGUAACACCCAAUCCUGAUGCAACUCCGGUGACAGUUCCCGCCACCACGCCUGUCACUGUGCCCCCUAGAAAUCCUGUGACUUCACCAGUACCAAUCACGAACCCGGUUACAACUCCAGGGGGACAGCCAGCAACUAGUCCCGUAACAACCAAUCCUGUCACAACACCAGUCACAAAUCCCUCACCUCCUGCAACAACAGGCUCACCUGCAGUUUCGGGGCAGAGCUGGUGUGUGGCGAAGAGUGGAUCAUCACAGACUGCACUUCAGACUGCACUUGAUUACGCUUGUGGAAUUGGAGGUGCAGAUUGUUCGACGAUCCAGCAGGGAGCGAGCUGCUACAAUCCGAACACUCUUCAGAACCAUGCUUCUUAUGCCUUCAACAGCUAUUAUCAGAAGCACCCUGCACAAACCAGCUGUGACUUUGGAGGGGCUGCCACGUUAACCAACAGCAAUCCAAGCUCAGGGUCAUGCGUCUUCCCAUCAUCAUCAUCAUCAUCAUCAUCAUCUCCAUCUUCAUCUUCUUCUCCUCCAAAUACAGCCUCAACUGCGCCUCCAGCACCAGUAACAACUACGCCACCAGCCACACAAACAGCUCCACCAACCACACCAUCAUCGUCAUCAUCGGGGGGAACAGGAAUUGGGUCUGGCUCUCCUCCUGCAGUUCUAAAUGCAACCUACCCUUCUUCAGGUGGCGCAACAGUUUUUGGCGACAGCCCUCCUAGUUUUAACUCCUCGACUUCCAUGGCAGCCAGUUUGCAGCCCUUCAUUGGCUAUAUCCUCAUGGCAACAUCUGUGGUAACGGCAAGAUUCAUCCUAGACAUGUAGAGGCAUAACUUUUCCAUGGCAUCAAGAGAUCAGAAGCUCAUAGCUUUAGCAAUUCAGGUUUUAGGCUGCCGCAGCUCAACCACAAGACAACCUUGCCGGAAAAGAAACAAGUGGUCUGAGUUCCUGACGGCUAAAACCUGAUUCUUACGUGGUGCUAUUACUGAGGUAUCGUCAUUACACAGUAUAAUAUAUAUGUAGUGCAUUUCGGGUUGAGCUACUAUAUAUAUACAUAUAUAUGUAUAUUGUAUUGUAUUGUAUUGUCUUCUACAUAGUAAGGCAGUGCGUUUGGCUGUAGAAAUUAGGGGGUUCCCUUCCUGUAUCUGUAUCCAUUUGUAGUUGUGUGUUCAGGGAUUUACUAGUAAUCUGAUUAUCACAUGACAUAUACAUGGUUAGGAUUCAGAAUUGUGGACCUUGUGCAUCUGUUUUGUCUAUCAGAAUUAGAUUAUUGAUCGAACCUCUUAUGUUAAGUUGAACACCGAGCAACACCGAGCACCGAA